AUGACUGAUGAUAUAUUGCAUCAACAUCGUAUACGGUGCCACGAUCUAACCAUAACAUUCAGCGACGAAAUGUACAAUGAAGCAUUGAUUGCUAUUGAGGAUCUUUGCAUUGUCAUUGCCAACUUACCACUUAGUAAUUUCGGUAUGAAUUCGCCAAAUCGAACUGCACCUGAUUUAAUGAAUACUGAAAUGAAUCGUGAACUGCAGUACAGUACUGUAGAAAUGGCAGCGAUUGUUGCCCGCAAUGUCCUACUAAUGAAUGAGGAACAAACAACCAUUUAUGAUCGCAUUAUGCAAGCAUUUUCAGCUGGACAAGGUGGAUUCUUCUUUUUGGAUGCACCGGGUGGAACUGGCAAAACAUUCGUUAUUUCGCUAAUUCUUGCUGAAAUACGAUCAAAUAAUGGGAUCGCAUUGGCCGUUGCAUCAUCGGGCAUUGCAGCAACUUUAUUGGAUGGAGGUAGAACAGCUCAUUCAGUAUUUAAGCUGCCACUAAAUAUUCAGAAUAACCCUGACGCAGUAUGCAACAUUAAGAAACAAUCGUCCAUGGCCACUGUGCUAAAACGGUGUAAAAUUAUUAUUUGGGAUGAAUGUACUAUGGCACACAAACAUUCACUUGAGGCGUUGAACAGGACAUUGAAAGAUAUUAAAAACAGUGACAAACUAUUUGGCGGAACUCUGUUGGUCCUUUCAGGUGAUUUCAGACAAACACUUCCAGUCAUUCCACGUUCGACAUACGCUGAUGAGAUCAACGCUUGCUUAAAAUCAUCUCCAUUGUGGCGUAAUGUUGAAAAAUUACAGCUAAAAAUAAAUAUGCGCGUUCAAAUGCUUCAAGAUCCAUCCGCUAAAAUAUUUUCAAAAAAACUCUUAGAUAUCGGUGAUGGAAAAGUUGCUAUAGAUGAAACUGGAAACGUAAAAUUACCGACCGAUUUCUGCACAAUCGCUGAUUCGCAAGAUACUCUCAUUGAACAAAUAUUUCCCGAUGUACACACACAGUACAUAAAUCAUGAGUGGCUUGCAGAAAGAGCGAUUUUAGCGGCAAAAAAUGUAGACGUUGACAAUAUAAAUCUGAAGAUACAGAUGUUGUUGCCAGAGAACUUGGUAUCGUAUAAAUCUAUUGAUACGGUUUGCGACGACAGCGAAGCAGUAAACUUUCCCACAGAGUUUUUGAACUCACUGGAUUUGCCAGGCAUGCCACCGCAUAAUUUACAAUUAAAGGUUGGAUCUCCAAUUAUCAUGCUUCGUAAUUUGAACCCGCCCCGGUUGUGCAACGGUACGCGAUUAGUCAUUCAAAAAUUAAUGAAAAACGUGAUCGAAGCCAGGAUUUUAAAUGGCAAGUUCAGAGGUGAGAAUAUACUCAUACCACGGAUUCCUAUUAUACCUACUAAUGUGCCAAUUCAAUUCAAACGUAUUCAGUUUCCGAUUAGAUUGGCAUUUGCAAUGACUAUCAACAAAUCCCAAGGUCAAACGAUGUCUGUUUGUGGAUUAGAUUUGAGAACACCAUGUUUUUCACACGGACAAUUAUACGUGGCAUGCUCUCGAGUGGGUAAACCAUACAGUUUGUUUAUGUUAGCUAAUGAUGGACUAACAAAAAAUAUUGUUCAAUCUAUAGCAUUAAGAGAUUGA